CCUGUCACCAGCACUCUACGUAGAGAUUUACAGAAAUGGCGACCGCUCUGUGCAACAAGGCUUUCGCUGCCGCCCCUGUGGCUCGCCCGGCUUCGCGCCGCUCGGCUGUCGUCGUGCGCGCUCAGGGUCAGGAUGUGACCCGCCGCGCUGCUCUGGGUGCUCUGGCUGGCGCUGCUGCCCUGGUGUCUGUUGCCCAGCCCUCUAGCGCUUCCUACGGUGACGCUGCCAACGUGUUCGGCAAGGUGACCAACAAGUCUGGCUUCGUGCCCUACGCUGGCGAUGGCUUCGCUCUCCUGCUGCCCAGCAAGUGGAACCCCAGCAAGGAGAAGGACUUCCCCGGCGUGACCCUGCGCUACGAGGACAACGGCGAUGCCGUGAACAACCUGGUGGUCAUCGCCCAGCCCACCGACAAGAAGUCCAUCACUGACUUCGGCUCUGAGGACAAGUUCCUGGAGUCGGUCAGCUACCUGCUCGGCAAGCAGGCCUACUCCGGCGAGACCGUCUCCGAGGGCGGCUUCGCGCCCAACCGCGUGUCCGCCGCCUCGCUGCUGGACGUGUCCAGCAGCACCGACAAGAAGGGCACCAAGUACUACAAGUACGAGCUGCUCACCCGCACCGCCGACGGUGAUGAGGGCGGCCGCCACCAGCUAAUCACCGCCGCCGUGGGCAGCGACAACCAGCUGUACAUCCUGAAGGUGCAGGUGGGCGACAAGCGGUGGUUCAAGGGCGUCAAGAAGGAGGCCAUGGGCACCUUCAACUCCUUCACCGUCGUGUAAGGUGUGCAUCCGCGAUCUCGCGACGAUACCCAGCCAGCCAGCAGCCUGGGGGCGCGUGCGAGCAUGCUGUGGGGGCCUAGAGCAUGUGCCGUGUCUCCCAUAACUCCUCUAAACCCGUUGUAGCCAAGGCUUUUACGGUUUUGGUUUACUGGGGUGUUUAGGUGGCGGCUUGUUGCCGGGCUGGCGGGUGGGUGUUGAGGCUUGCAUGUGGUGGGGCUAAUGGCGGGGGGUUGCAAGCUGCUACCCGCGGAUGGACAGCGCGUUGGUCCGCGGGUGGGGAGCUUGGGAGCCGGCCCAGGGCUGUGUUUGUCAUCAUUCGGAGUGUUUAGGGACUUGCGUGUUAGCGGACGAAGAGUCGGAGUAGCUGAUGACGGAGUGGAGGCGGCUGGGACUGGUGACUUGAGAGGGUUGCUGGUGCCGGUGUGUCGUGCUGUUGGUGCGGAGGGCAGAGGGAUGGGCAGCCAUUUUGCAUGCUACUAGUGGCAAAAUGCUCUUUCGAGCGUGGAAGAAGAGACGCGGUGUGCGCGUGUGUGUGUACAUUUUUUGCCAUGGUUUGUUUCAUUCCCUUUGCAGCUGCAAUGUCCCGUUUACGGGGCAUGUAACAUACCCGAGAAGAAAAUCCUAUGUUAACUUUGGGCUUGAUAA